UACCAAUACAGUACAAGAGCAUGCUGCCAUCUGUCAGUACUACGGUUUGAAAAAUAUCGUGGCACACAGUCCCGCGUUUCUUCUCAGUUUGUUAGUAGCUAGCACGUGGAGAAGGUGACAUUAACCCUAUAAAAAAGCAAAUAAUUGAAGUUUAAAAUGUGUCGGUGUAAUUUUCGGGUAAAGUUGGAUCUUUCAAAUUUUUAUAAUGACGUGAGGCGCGCGAGUUGGGUCUACGUCAACAAGGAUACGAUAUCCUGCAUUUGUCAUUUGCAAAAGCACAUUGCCAAAGUGUUUGACAUACGUAAAUCGUUCCACCUAUUGUUGACCUCUGGAGAAUACCUUCCGCCAAACGAAGACGCUCGCAUUCUAAAUGAUAAUGAAAUGGUUCUCGUUGUCCCUGGGACCGGUUUACAAGAUGAUCCAACUCCUUCAAAAGCUACAGCAGAUCCUCACAGCGAUAUGAUUCCUGUAAUGUCACAGUCGAAGGAAAAGGAUCCUGAUUUUAAAAUGAACAAAAGUUCUAAUGUUGAGUCGAGUGAUGGAGAAAAUAACAAUGCAGAGAUAACAGAGACUAGUGGAAAUACCAUGUUCUUGAGCUUGAUAAAUGUUUCAUCCAUCGAAAGUGCUUCGGAUUCCAAAGCAGAUGUUAAUAUCACAGAGAGAUUUUCAGGGGCAGAUUCAACCCAUUUGAAAAAUAAAAGAAAGAGAGUACGUACUAAAAAAAAGGCUAAAGAUGAGACGAUGAAUCAACCUGCUGCUACAAAUGACAAAGCAGACUCUGAAUACAAGAAACCAAAGAUAAUUAAAGCUGUCUCAAUUUCCAAUGGAAAACAUAUCCGUUUCGGAGAUGAGGUAGAGGAACAUGAGUUUCCGGGAUAUGAUAGCUGUGCAUCUAAUGACUCCAGAAUACCUGGAUCUGCUAAACUAGGAAAUAAUAUUCACUGGGAUAAACCGGCUAUGCCUUCAUCAGGCUUAGCUAAUCUUUUGGCUUUGCGGCAGAGCUCUACUCCAAUUACCUUCACAAGGAAAAAAACUGAAGAGCCAAGCUUAAUCAAUGAAACGACUGAGGUCAAAAAGAAGGAAUGCGAAGAUUUCUUCACGCUAGCUUCAAAACGAACUUAUCCUUUAAUGGGAAAUAAAGCUCGGGUUCAUGAUGUCAUUGCGUUCAAAAUGCUGAAGCUGUCAUCAGACUAUACUCCAGAAGUUUCGGAAGACAUUAUUGCUCGAACUAUAAAGGUUUUACCAGAUGGAAUCACUUACGAAUUUCAGAUCUUAGCUGGAAAACAUGAAAUUCAAUCACCCCAAGGAAAGUUUGAUCUUGAAGAAGCAGAAGAAACAAAGGACACAGAUAAUGACAUCAUUUCAUUGAGUUGGACGCAGCUUCUUGAGCCUCGUUUGGUACACCGUGAUUAAAAACCACACCCAAGACAAGUAGAUUCUUCCCUAAAGUUAAAAAGUCAUCUACCUGUGUAAGUAUUUGAUCAUUAGACAAAUGUCUAUUCUUCAUAAUACAUUACAUCUCAUACUCACUAUGUAUUCAUUAAUGUUUUAAGUUUUACAUAUCUCUAACCCUGAAAACGUUUCAUACUGAACGUAAUACGACACUGAUUUAAUAAAUACUAAUUAUGAUAUCCCUGUUUA